CUCCUCCCACAUGAUGACAUGAAAAACAUUCAGCUCUUGUCAGCAGUAUUGUCCAGGUUGUCCUGAAAAGAACUAUGAGUUAGUCUUUGCCAUCCCCACAGUGCUUUUUCUAAAGUUAUGGGAAAACCACUGAGAUCAACCUAAAUGCUAUUGGCUUACAUCUUCCAAGAAUUUAAUCCAAAAAAAACAAUGUAAGGUUAGCGUAGGUCAUAAUUAAAGCUCGAAACCACAGAAUUGUCUCCAUUAUCUUGUUCAGCUUUGUGCAAAAGCCUGAGAGUGUCCAGUGUUGAUUAUUCAUCAAACAAGAAAGUAAAUAUCACAAAAGUGUUGGGUGUAGCUUCUGUAAACUGAAUCAUAUAGGGUCAUUCACAGCGCUGGCAUCAUCAACAGAGUUUGAAGACUAAAUUUAAAGGUAAUUACUAUGACAGUGAGGAGAGAAAACUGAAAUAACCCUGAGCUUUUCAAAGCUGUCAUUAUCAUUGGAAUUGUAAUGACAAGGUUUGGGUCUCUUCAAUUGACUUCUUGGGGUAGGACACCCACAAACAUGGCAUUCCUGAGGGUAACAUUGCAGCAUAUUAAUGAUAUAUUGCACAGUGUAGAUUACAAAGCUGGGGUCUCGUUUCAUGCUUUAUGGUUUCAGUUAACUUGAAACAAAAUACCAAAAUGUCCUUUCGAACAUUGUUUGUAAUGUGAUGUGUCAUGCUGUAGAAAGGCACUUAUCAUACAGAGUUUACAGCAGUGCACAUUUGGACGACAUCCUAACAUGAUUUGGCAACAUAUAGAUGUUCCUUUAUAUUUGUUUAGUUUAUUGUAUGUAUAUUUCUAGACUCAAUAUUUAAAAUUUCAGUUUCAGUUGUAAAAUCUAAAUUCAUGGCAUUUUACUCGGAGGGCAGUACCUUCUAAGGCGCAUUAUAAUGCUAUUAUUAAAGUAGGUGUAUAAUUAAAACUAAACAUGCUGUGAUUCAUGCUACAAAUGGCUUGAGGUAGAUUGCAGCUUUUCCAAACACUGCUCAUUAUCCACAUCACUUAUCACAUCACUAAAAUUACCACAAAAUGUGUCUCAACAUUAAAAACAAGAAAAUAUUGAACCAUGAUUUCCAAAUAACGACACACCCUGGACAAAACACUGCUUCUUUCUAUAUGUUUUAAUGGGACAUCUUUAUCCAGGGUUUAUUGUCGCAUUAUCACACUGUUAACAUGCAACCAAGACAUCUAUGGGCGAUUCAGUGAGAGGUCCUGCACAUGUACUCUUUGAUAGGGGCAAACGACCAUUCUGGUGAGCCGCAGGAUUGAAAAAAGUAGCCACAGUAUUUAGAAAAAAGGAAGGACACAAGAAAGUCCAAUAUUUUUAGUCCAAAUUACAGUGUUGGAACAGUGCUUUGCACAGUUGAGUGUCCUGGGAGUGGAAUGGCAUGAUGGGUUAACGCUGGUGCCAAGCCCCACCCUCCCCACAUUGUCCUCUCUGUGGACUUUCUGCACUCUCUUGUGCCAAUCUGCAGGACCUCUGCCCUUCCCUUACCCUCCUGCCUGGGAUGUGGACAGCUUGGUUUCGGCCUGCUGCCUGAGGUGAAACAGCCUCGUAUAAGCUCAUGUUAGGUCAGUGCUGGGGCAGGGUCAUUUCCCCCAGGAUGCCUCAAUUGCUAGUCUACCAGCGGCUCCUGGUUUAGAUGUGUGUCCUCUUUCUGUUGAUAUAAAGUGGGUGAAAAAUAUCACAGCACAGUACAAAACUCAGUUCAUGUAAGGUCUCAGAGUGUCUGCUGUGGGAUAUCCUUGAUGCCUCUGCAUCCUGCACUAAAGCCAGAAACUUUGCACAUCACAUGAGAAAGCAUAAGCUGAUACACUUCAGCAUGGCUCAUGAUGGCGCGCCAACCACCCACCAAAAGCAGAGAAACAGCCACUCAUGCUUUUCAUGCAUUCUCUCGUGAAACGUGCCGUGCUGUCCAAAUAUUUUUCCCUUGGAAAGCCUGUGGUUAACACGAGGAUGAGUGGGAGUCAGAUGAUUGCUAACAUUCUUUUAACUUUUAUGCCAGCUGGAGUACAGGUUACAUUUGCAUUUUUUAAGGCUGGUAAAAGGACUGUAGCAGCUUUAAUAUGGUGAUCAUUGCAGGAUCACAAUAAGGAGAUUGAGAGUAUUAAAAAAAACACAAGAUUCAUUUGAGCUACUUAACAUGAUUUAGUAGAUGUAAUAUCUAAUAAGACAAAGGAAGAAUCCAUUAAAAAGCAUAAUGAGCCACAUUUUCUGAAAUUAGUACUUAGAAUUUCUGUUUAAUUUAUUGUCUUCCCUUUGAUCACAAGUGUAGUUUAAUUAAAUUAAACAGAACUAACCAUUACUUAUAUUUUCAAUUCCAAAAAUUAGUGUAAUUUAAGAGAUUUAGAUGUGCCUUUAGAGCUGCCAAAUACAAACUUACAUCACUCUUAAUUUAGGCACUUGUUAAGUUGUUAAAGUCCAAAGAGUUGCCGGGUGAAGGACAUUCUGAGGCAAAUGCACCCAUAAAAAGUAUUAUAAGACCAUUUAUUUUGGUUUUCUUGAGUGUGAACCCAUUCAUUUUGACUUCUUUAUAAAUCCUUUUCCUUGGGGGAAUUCGUGGCUCCGGUAUAACCAGUAAAGAUGAGAUGGGGAAAAAACACUAUCAAAAAUAAUCCUCCACAAAAAAAAAAAAAGAAAAAGUUGUUGGUAGGCAGGUAGUUGGUCUCCAGCUCAGCUCACAGGAGGGGGGACUCCUGAUGGAGUUGGGAUGGACCGCCACAGGAUUGGUGGAUGGCUGCACUCGGUGUGGCCCCAUGCCAAGCCCGUAUGUCUUUAUAUAGUGUGAACGGGUGACCGGACAGUCCUGAGUGUGCAUCGCAUCCACUCUGCGUCUCUCCAUCUCCACUGCUCUCUCUCUCUGCGGGGCCCCUGUCAAUCUUUAACUCCAGCAGCAUCCACCAUAUCUUCUUCUUCUCCUCCAUCUUUACUCCUGUCUCUUUCUUUCCCCGGCUGUGAAAACAAUGGCCACGCCGAGCCUGCUCCUCACUUUCUCCCUGUGGCUCCUGGCUGGGAGCCUCAUAGUGGAGGCGACUUACUACCGGCACCACCGCUACGUCCCCCACGUCUACCGCUACCGGGAGCACUCUGCCAACACGGAGAACCUCCUCCCUGAGGUCUCCAACCCGGAGCCUGUAGUCCCACAGCGGGGUGAGCCGAUCUACCCCGUGAUCCCCGAGGUGUUCCACCCGGCACCUGAAGUCCUACACCCCUUACCAGAGGCUUUCCACCCGGUGCCCGAAGUCGUGCAUCCUGCACCUGAGCCCUACCACCGAGCUGAGGUUUUCCAUUCGGUGAUUGAAGGAUCCUCCCCCGUCAACAUCAGCCGGGUUUUCUACGGGAUCAUGUUUGACGCUGGGAGCACGGGCAGCAGGAUCCACAUCUAUAAGUUCAUCCAGAAAGACCCUGUUGAGCUGCCAGUCCUGGCCAAUGAAAUGUACCACGCCGUGAAGCCUGGUCUUUCUGCCUAUAAAGACAACCCUGAGGAGGGUGGCAACACUAUCCGCCAGUUGCUGAAAAUUGCCAAGAAGACAGUGCCAGAAGACGACUGGAGGAGGACGCCGGUGGUCCUGAAGGCCACAGCGGGUCUGCGUCUGCUGCCUGAGGAUAAGGCAAAUGCUCUUCUGAAGGAGGUGCGAGAGGUUUUUGACGAGUCCCCUUUCUUCGUGCCAAACAACAGUGUUUCUAUCUUGAACGGAGCAAAAGAAGGAGUCCUCGCCUGGGUCACAGUGAACUUCCUUACAGGUCACUUGUACUCCAACACAAGGAGGACAGUGGGCAUCCUGGACCUGGGUGGAGGAUCUACACAGAUCACGUUCCUUCCCAAGUCAAAGAAAACUAUUCAGUCUGCUCCCGCCACUUAUAUUUCUAAUUUCAACCUCUUCAAACAAACCUAUCAACUCUACACACACAGCUACCUGGGAAAUGGACUUUUUGCGGCCCGACUGGCGACUCUUGGAGCACUAGGAGCCGAUGGUCUAGAUUGGAAAGUCUUCUCAAGUUCCUGCCUCCCGAAAAAGUUCACAGAAAACGUGACUUUUGGUGGAACCACCUACAAAGUUAGCGGGAUUCCUGACGGCUAUGCAGGCUAUAAGCUGUGCUACUAUGAGGUUAUGAAGGUAAUCAAAGGAAUAGUGCACCAGCCUUAUGAAGUGAAGGGCAGCAGUGUCUUCUACGCCUUUUCUUACUACUUCGACAGAGCUGUGGAGUCUGGCCUCAUCGAUGGCAGUCGAGGUGGUGCGGUUGAAGUCAGGGAUUUUAAGAAGAGAGCCAAAGAAGUGUGCAACAAAAUGACCAAGUACCGUGCUAUCAGCCCCUUCCUCUGCAUGGAUUUGACAUAUAUCACUUGUCUGCUAAAGGAUGGCUUUGGCUUCAAGGACAGCACUGUGCUGCAGCUAGCCAAGAAGGUGAACAACGUGGAGACGAGCUGGGCCCUGGGGGCAACCUUCGACUACUUCAGAAACCUCAAUAUCCACUAAGGACGGCUCGCUGUCACUGCAGCCGGCACUGAGAGGGACAGUUUGUUACUUUUGGGCUUCCCGUCCUCCGUCCACCCUUGAUCAGACACACCUGGUCCCGCCACGCCCCUCCUCUUUUUCCCUCAACCUCCGCAUGCUGCGAACACUCUGAGAACUGUUGAAAAAAGAAAUCACUAUAUUUUUAUAAGGCCAGCUAUUUCUACUGUAUGUUGAGCUCAUAACUGGUGGGCUUGUUUUUUUUUUUUUAAACGUUUACAUUUUUGAUUCCUUAUAGGGGUGUCUGAUCUGAAAUGUCUUUCUCGCCUGCCUGUUAAGUGUGGAGGGUAACCAGCAUGGUAUAAUGGUACUUACUAUGAUCCUGGUGUGCACUGUACAGUACAGUGGGAUUUAUUUAGAGACUAGUUGCUGAAACAGCAACAAUCUUUCAUGCUUGUAAAUCAACUUUCUUCACAUUCUAGGGGUUAAUUAUUUUAACCUGAAUUCAUUGCCUCAUAGUGACUAUUGGAAAUAGAGACGUUUUUAACCAUACAGCUUAUUUUCUUCAACUUUGCACAUAACACUUUAUUUGCAGAUAGUGUAGCUAAGAAGUUUGCUUUGAUAUCGACAAAAGAGUUGUAUAUAUUCAUCAACCAGAUUAGGAUUGACCAUGACUUCAGAGAGCGCCAUGGAGAGGCCUCUGGCAGACUGAAUUGUAUAGAUGUUACAUGUAUGGGCUUAAUGUCUGUAGUUUUAAAGUCCAGCCAUUAUUGUUUGUUUUGUCUACAGUGGAAAGGACCUUCAGCAUUGCUUAAUUGCAGGGGCCCAAGGUCAAACUUUAUUUUAGACAAGCGGUUAAAAUAACCUCUCAUUAAGCAUGGAUAGUGAAUCAAACAACGUAAUUUACAGCUAUUAAAAACGGCAAAAAUGUAAGCAAAACAUUUAAAAGCUUUAAAACCCAGCUCUUUCAUUUGAUGCCGUUUUCUCAAAAACAUUAGCCAUUAUGAAUUCUGUUUUUUAAUGCUCUUGUGAACUGUACAAAUAUUUAUAUAACUUUAUAUAAUUUAGUGUAUUUUAAUUAUCCUUAUCCAACAUUAACAUUUGCAUCUAACUGUUCUGUAAACCAUGCUUUUGCUGUUCUUUCAGUAUUCAACAUGUUAAAUAACUACUGCUGUAUAUACAUAAUGUAAAUGUGUAUUAGUGAAAUCUUCACCAGGAACUGCUUUUACGUUGCAAAAAACUUUGCGCUGCACAGUUGAUCAGAUAUACCUGUAUGUAUGUAUCAGUAUGAAUAUCAAGAUGACUGAAAAUAUGUAAAAUGCUGUUUUUAUUAAAUCCAGAGAAAAAGUGUAUUGUAUACAUGUAUGUUUUAA